GGCUACACUGUAUUCUAUGCUGCCCUGCUGACAAUUACUCAACUGUGGCGGAACUGUUGUCAGCUUUUUUUGUGGGACACUUUACUUGUACAAAAAUAUAUAUCUGUCAAAUCACUGUGGAGCUGCGGUUGUCCACACGGGGAGUAAGAUAAGAAAAUACUAAUAAAAGACAGAAAGAAAGAAGAGGAAGGAGUGGCAGCUGGACUGUCCGCAAUGGAAGCCGAGUUUCGGGAAAUCGAUGAAAAUGGGAGUUGGAGCGCCAUUUAUCAGGACAUUCGUCAGCAGUCGUGUGAACUCCCUUGCAAGAUUGCCAAAUCACUCGAAAAUAAAACUCGGAAUCGUUACAGGGAUGUUAGCCCAUUUGACCACAGCAGAAUAUGUCUGCAGCUGGGUGGGAACGACUACAUUAAUGCCAGCCUAAUAACAGUAGAGGAGGCACAGAGGAACUAUAUCCUUACUCAGGGACCCCUUCCAAGUACGUGUGGUCACUUCUGGGAGAUGGUGUGGGAGCAGAGGACUCACGGUGUGGUGAUGCUGAACCGAGUCAUAGAGAAAGGAUCCGUUAAAUGUGCCCAGUAUUGGCCGCAGAAAGAGGAGAAAGAUGCUGUCUUUGAAGAUACCAAUUUCAAGCUUACCUUCGUUUCAGAAGACAUCAAAUCUUAUUACACAGUCCGUCAGCUGGAGUUGGAAAAUCUGUCUACACAAGAGACUCGAGAGAUUUUACAUUUUCACUACACCACCUGGCCUGACUUUGGGGUACCAGAGUCCCCUGCCUCCUUCCUGAAUUUCCUGAUCAAGGUGCGAGAGUCAGGUUGUCUCAAUUCAGACCAGGGACCAGUGGUGGUGCACUGCAGCGCUGGCAUCGGACGCUCUGGGACCUUCUGUCUUGUGGACACUUGCCUCUUAUUGAUGUCCAUGCGUAAGGACCCGUCUUCAGUUCGCAUUCGUGACGUUCUGCUGGAGAUGAGACGCUAUCGUAUGGGCUUGAUUCAGACAGCAGAUCAGCUUCGCUUCUCCUACCUUGCCGUAAUUGAAGGUGCCAAAUACAUCAAGGGAGAUACCUCUCUGCAGGAGUCGUGGAAAGAGCUCUCAAACGAGGAGGACGAUCCACCGGAGUUCACCCCUCCGCCUCCUCUCCCUCCUCCUAGAGACCCUCCAAAUGGCAGAGUUGAGCCAUCGUUUUUCCCAGAAAGUGAUGAGAUCAUCCCACAGAUGGCCGUCCGCAGUCUUGGGUCCUCUCAAGAGCCCAAUCUGCGAAAGAGACCCAUUGCUGUCCCGCAGCCUCCUUCUGACAGUGAUGAUCAGCUCGACGGUCACCUGGGAAUACAAGAUUGUACCUCCAAAGCUCCAACCAAAUCCCAGCAGCAGCACGAGACCGAGGAGCACGAGUCGCCUGAGUCACCCGAGUUGCCUGAGGCAGCGGAGCAGCCAAAGGAAAACUCUCCUGUGCCGGGGACCUGGUCCCCUCUACUAGCCAACGUGUGCCUGGGCACUGCACUGGCUCUCAGUGCUUACGUCUGUUAUCGAGCCUAUUUCCACUGAUGUCUGUCCUUCCUGCUCCUUUUUUUGUUCCUCCCUUUCUCUCCACUGUUGUUGCAAAGUGGACUAGGCUGGCCAAUCAGCCUGCUUUGACUCUGGGUUUACUCUGCGAGUGAGUGGAUUAAUUGGACUUCAGCAGAUUCAGGUUCACUCGUUUAAUUUUACAAAUGCAGUGCAAAAGGGUUGGCUGCUUGGGGAAAAAAAAACAAAACAGGUUGCCAAUCCUUAUUACCCACCCAAACGUUCUUUCAACAUGUCAUUAUGGAUGCUCAGGGCCUCAGUUUUUCAGGUGUCACAUCCCAAAUAUAUGUGCCGACUUAAACACAGACUGAAUAUGUAUCGCAGUCCGUAGAGGAAAAGGGUUUGUUGCAGCUCCCCUGUUCUGUGAACCAGGAUGAAUGGCCUGUCAGCCCAUUUUACAUGCAUCUCCUCUUUAAUUUACCAAAUGACACGUGUGUGUGUGUGUGUGUGUGUGUGUCUGUGUGUGUGUGUGUGUGUGUCUGUGUCUGUGUGUCUGUGUGUGUGUGUGUGUGUCUGUGUGUGUGUGUUGUUCCAUUUCAUCCUUUCACUAAUAUGUCCUCUCAGAUUUCACCUUAUCUUUCUUUUGCUUACAGAAAUGGGUCAGAAAUCAUAGAGCCAGAUCUUUUUUGACCAGCCUGUCUGAAAAUAUGCCAGUAAGAGGGAGCGUAUAUACCUAUUUCUGUUCCCUUGUUAUGGGUCAAUAUUAAACCCAGCAGUUAAGGUGAAGUGUGUGUGUGUGUGUGUAUAUGUGUGUGAAUGUAAGAGGGAAGCAACCUUGUGCCCACUAGAUAAGAGAUGCAUCGGUCCUGCAGGAGUUAUGCUGGUUGCGUACAUACAGUCUGUGUGUGUGUCAUUGUGUAUGUGUGUAUGUACAUUUGUGUGAGUGGUAGUAAUUUGAGCUUUCUACUGAUGCUUGAGUUAAAUCUACUCUUGUGAGAAAUAUUAAUAUAACAUUUACAGUACGUCAAAUGUGAGAUGUAGACUGGGUUGCCUCCUGUUAUUUGAUCUCCACUGUAAUUUCUCAUGCUGGUAGUUUGACAGUAACACAUGAAAAAAAGUGACUUUAAAGACAAAAUGUUGCAGGGACAAAGUGAGACAUCUCAUUUGUCUGGCAUUUUUAAAUUGGGCAAAAUCUUGAAAUCUAAAGACUUGAAACUUUGUAAGUAGGGCUGCGAGUAGCGAUUAUUUUCUCGAUUCAUUGUUUCAUUUAUAAAAAUGUCAGAAAAUUGUGGGAAAAAAGCCUGUUUUCAUUUCUUAGAGAUGUCUUCAAAUGUCACAUUUUGUCAGAUCAACAGUCAAAAAUAUAGCCAAAGAUAUUUACUUUAAGCUAAAAUCCUCACAUUUGACAAGCUGAUGUUUGGCAUGUUUCCUUUAAAAAAAAAAAAAAAAAAAAAUCCAGGUCACUUAGUCUUCUGUCAACUAAUCAUUUCAUCGUUACUGUUCAGGAGAGCAACUUUUUGAGUCGCGGUGGAUGAAAAUAAUGUGGAAGCUUUUCAUGCAAAGAGAAUGUGUAUUCCUGUAUAACCCGAGCGCAGCUGAUACACGCUGUAAAGUAACUUUUGUGAAUGUGUGUUGAGUCAGCGGAGUCCACCAGAAUGCCAGCUUCAUGAACCGAGACACAAAGUAGCUAACACCCAACUGUUUUUGCCAGCAAUACAAAAUAUUAACAGCGUGUCAUCGCUCUUUUAACGGUAUGAAACUCUCAACGUUUUUUUUUUUUUUUUUUUUUUUUUUUUUUAACAAACCAAAAAAACCAAACACCAGCACAGGUAUGAAAACAAUACACUGUAGUGAUGAUCUGUUGUAUCAUGGCAUGGCUCUGAGCUGGCAAUGUUGUUUUUUGUAUGAUUAUGUUGAAAGUUGUUUUUUUAGCAUGCUCCAUUUGUGAAUCAAAAGGUUUGUCCUAAGAAGAGAUUAGUUAAGCUGCUAGCAUUCAGUUUACCUUUGUGACUCAACAAAGUUCAGUACUUGAGUCCGACAGCUGUACCUUUCUUUAGAAUGUAUAAAAGUCCCAAACAUGGACACACCCUUACUAUAUAUAUUUUUUUCAAAUCAGGUUUCAGUGUGCUGAGUUUUUUUUUGUUGUUGUUGUUUUGCUUUAGAGAGGGAUUAAAUCUCAGCACCUGUGCAGCCAUUGCACCAGGUUUUUCUGUUUUUCUAUACUCAUGCUGAGCUCGAAAACAUGUAUUUUUUUAUUUACGUUUGUUUUUUUCCUUUUUAAAUAAAAAAAAAAAAAGUACUGCCAA